AUGAGAGAGGUUCCUGGCAAAUGGAAGACAGCAAAUGUUAACCCUAUCUUUAAGAAGGGCAAUAAGGAGGAUGUGGGGAACUACAGGCCCAUCAGCCUCACCUUGAUCCUCGGGAAGGUAAUGGAGCAACUAAUCCUGGAUAUGAUUUCCAGAUACGUGAAGGAUGGGAAGAUUCACUUAUAUGGCUCAAUAGACGUUUCCAGCAUGUUCUUUGCGAAAAUGAAUGGGAAAUUGAAGCUUAUGAAAUUUUUUAUUGGUGAAAAAAAGCUGGAAGAGCCAAGUAACAUGAUGAAAGUCCUCUUCCAGGUCAAAGACUUCUUUGACAGCAACGAAGAUGGAUCGCUUACCAGCCGAGUGAAUCAUGUACAGGAAACCGAGCAUAUCGCUGUGGUCUCUCUGCUGCCCCCGGUGCAGCAUUGGUGGAUUGACCGGGAUCAAGCUGACGGCCUGUAUCAGGCUCACUGGUAUGAGUUUUGGGUUCUGCUCAGCAGCCCUACAUCUGAUCAGGCUGUAGGAGACCUGGUGCCAGUGAACGGUCAGCUUGUAACAUCAGCCAGCAUCAGAGAGAAAAAGCUCCUCAAGCCUAAGAGGAAGAAGAAAGCCCAGUGCUCAGAAAAGGGAGUGUCAAAAGACCUGCUUUCUGUGGAAAAAGACAGACUGCAAGAGGAGGAAGGAGUUUGGCAGACCAAGAUCAGCAGCCGAGAAAAGAGACACUUAAGGAAGGAACGGCUGAAACAAAAAGAAGACCCCAGCAGAGCAUCACGAGGUAACUCUGUGGUCGAGUGGGAGGAGAAGGGGACAGUGUGGCCACGCACAGCGAGCGGGGCGGAGGACACCAGUGGCCGUGGGAAAGGCAGCCUUGUUGCAAAGGCAGAGUGUGGGACUGCGCUGAAGACCUCAGAAGAAUCUGUGCCCUCCUGGUCAGAAGAGGAUGUUUUUUGCAAUGUAGGUACAUGGGAUAUUGCAGAAGUGAAAUCCCGUCCUGUGACCUUUGGGACUUUUUCAGAGCUGUCCAGGGAGUUAGAUAAUGUGAAGAGCAAAUCAUCUGAGGAUAGCCCUUCCAGACACUGUUGGAAGGCCAGCGCGCCUUUCCUCACGGCAGAUGAUGUAUGGCAGGGGCACGAUGAUCCUUCAGCAAUUGACCUCGACUCCGACUGGAAGGCUCCCACAGAGGAGUGGGGAAACUGGACAGGAGAUGAGGAGCAUCAGGCAGGAGAUGAGAAAGAGAAGGAUUUACCAAAAGGCAAAGAAGACAUUCAUUUCUGUCUUUCUGGACGUGAAAGCAAAACGCAGCGGAAGAGGAAGAAAAUUGAAGUGAAGGAAGCAAGGGAUAGAGCUGGACUGAUGCUUUCCCAGGAAGGUUGGGAAGCAAGAACGAAGGAACGCCCAACGGAGUUGAUAUCUACAAAACAUAGCAGUGAUACAGUCGGUGCUUCUUUCAAAAUAGCAUUGGAUGUGGCUAAUAAUACACCCAAUAUCGAUGUACCUGGAAAAAAGGAGAGGAGGAAGAGGAAGAAAAUGAAGAAACAGACUUGAGGGAGCUGUGUAGCUGACAGAGUGAAAGCCAAAUGGGGGCAGGCAUGCUGAUUAGCUGCAAGGAUUCUGCUUUCUGCGAAGCUGCUCUGAGCCCGAAGCAGAGAGGAUCUAGAAGAUUUUCCAGAGAGUGGAAGAGGAGAAUGGAGCAGUAAGCUAGACAGAGUGGGAGCGUGUGAGCGAAAGGAGAGAAUGGCCGCACUGUGCCCAGGAGGUGGUGCUGAAACAGAAUGGCUGUUAAUAACCAAUUGCUGCCCCUGAUUAAAAAACUGUUGGGCGGAUUUUGACCAGUUGCGUUAAAUCCUUUCAGGUUUUCAUGUGGUCACACUGUUUGUCGAUUCAUAAUGUUACCUGCCGUUGUAGGAACGGUUGGAGCUCCAGAGCUGCCUGUGAUCGUACUUCGAUUCCAGGGAGGAUCCACCAGUUGGUCUGGUCUCCUCUGGCAUUUUUGCAGAUGUGCUCAUCGACAGUCUAGUAAUGUACAGAAGAAAGCAUUGAUCCGAGACAAAGGGAGAAUAAUAAAUAGAUCAUUCUUACAGCUCACAAAUCUUUUAAAUUUUUGCCUCAUACAUUGACAUAUUUAUGCUUUUCACCCUGUGCUCAGGCUAGCCUGCUCCACAAGUGAUUUCUAAAAGAGGUUUUAAACUUAUUGGGAAAGAUAGUAUAAACCUUUUUUUCUCCCCAGUUUUCAUGGUGGGCUAAAGUUUAAAGUUUGUGUGUCCAAAGCGUGUUGAAUUUGCUGUACUUACAGUAGAUCGAAAUAGCUUUUUGAGAUGGUUUUUCUAUUCUGAUGUUUGGAAGUUUUUAUCAUUUUGUUACUGAAGUAUUCUAAGAUAAACUACAUUUGUGAAUGAAAUUUUUUUUUAAUGUCAGUUUAGUGUACUUCUUGAAGAGCAUGAAUUUCUCAUUGUCAGAGGGCUUGUAGCAAGGAGGAGGGAAUAUGUUACAACUGAGUCCUGUGAUUUAUAAAUAGCACCAGACUAACACCACUAAAAACCAAAGCCCUCUAUCCCUAGAGGGACUGCAUCUUUCGUGGUAGCUAUGUUUGUUUCUUCAGAUUGUCCUGAAAAUAUGCCUCAACCUGACCCAUUUCAGAAGUGCUACCUUGAAGGAGGAGAUAACGAUUGUCAGAUCUCCAUCUGCAUUCGACCUUGUGCCUUUGGAGAUCGUGUGGGAAGAUUACAAUUACUAAUGCAUGUUGAACAUAUGCUUGUUCAUAGGGAUCAGGCUGAUGUUCUGCAACACGUUUCAUUGUAGGACACUGAGUAACCAUAGAUGUUAGCGGCUUUGAACUUCCACAGCAGCGCUCCUGCAUCGCUGAGCAAUGCUGUUGGCAUUGCUGAGCUCUCUAUUUCUGCCAUCUCAACCAUCCAGUCCCUAACGUUGGCUUGUAUGAGCUUUACCUAAAGCUCGACGUCUUUACCUGAUAGCCUUCAUCUGUUCCAUAGCUUUCAAGCCAGCUUUGUCCUUCAAAUAACCACAGCAAUGUAUUUAUAUAUUUAAAUUUCAUUACUGUAUGUGAAAGGACAGUUUUCUUCUGCUGUUAUUUUUAGGGAGGCUAGCUUUACAGUGUGCCCUGAAGUUUAGCAAAGCAGGAUUAUUUCAGACAAACAGGUGAGGUGAGACAAAUAGGUCUUAACUGAUGCCGCUCAUCAGCCCACUGUCUGGAAUUUGCACAUCUCGAUGUAAGAAAAAGUAUAGGCAAUUUCUGAAUGGAAUAAAUAGACCAAAUGACUUUUUAUCUGGAAAGUAAUUGGUUCAGAGCAAACGCAUAACAAGAAGACACAUGGCCUCAAUGGAGAAACAAGUAUAGCAAGGUCAAAGAUACAGAAGAUGGGUUAAUGAGCAUGUAGGUAAUGAGUAAAAUUCUAACUCUGAAGCCAGUGGAAAACAUCCAUUGACCUCAUUGUGGCCAGGAUGUUGCCCAAGGUCUUUCUUUAGCAUUGAAGAUAACCUCUGUCAUCAAAAAAAAAAAAAAAAAAAA